GGCCAGGAAACGACGGCAAUCAGCAUCCAGUUCACUCCUGGACGCACCCGGAACAUCGCGAGAGCAAAAAUGAGAAUCCUGGUCUACGUGACUGUUGCCGCCCUCGCGGUUACGACAGUAUUGUCGGAGGAGACCGCGAAAGUCGAGAAAUCGGUAGAGAAGUCCGAGAAAAAGCAAGAGAAGCGUGGUCUGCUAGGUCUAGGCUACGGUUACGGUUAUGAUGGCGGAUACGAUAUUGGAUCCGGUGGACACGUUGGUCUUGACAUAGGCGGUGGAUACGGCGGAUAUGGUGGAUACAUCGGCGGAGGAUACAUCGAUCACGGUCAUCACGAUCACGUGAAGACUGUGACCCUUGUCAAGAGCGUCGCUGUGCCUUACCCCGUGGAGAAGCACGUGCCCUAUCCGGUGGAGAAGCCCGUACCGGUUCCCGUCAAAGUGCCCGUACCGCAACCGUACCCAGUUGAGAAGCACGUGCCUUACCCGGUCAAGGUCCUCGUGAAGGUGCCCGUACACGUGCCCCAGCCGUACCCAGUCGAGAAGAAGGUUCCCUACCCGGUGCAUGUACCAGUCGAUCGUCCUGUUCCGGUCAAGGUCUACGUCCCGCAGCCUUAUCCCGUUGAGAAAACCGUUCACGUACCGGUAAAAGUAGCAGUGCCACAGCCGUACCCCGUCGAGAAGCCAGUUCCAGUACCAGUCAAGGUCCCAGUCCACGUACCCCAACCCUAUCCAGUUGAGAAACUCGUACCCUAUCCCGUCAGAGUCCCAGUCGAUCGUCCUAUCCACGUGCCCGUUCCCAAGCCCUACGCCGUCCACAUCGAGAAGCCUGUGCCUUACCCAGUCGAGAAACCAGUACCUUACCCCGUGAAGGUCCCAGUUGACAGGCCAUACCCCGUCCACAUCGAGAAGCCAGUGCCAGUCGCAGUCAAAGUACCAGUACCGCAACCGUAUCCAGUUGAGAAGCCAGUACCUUACCCGGUUGAGAGGCCCGUACCAGUACCAAUCAAGGUUCCAGUCGACAGGCCAUAUCCCGUCCACGUCGAGAAGCCUGUGCCCUACCCCGUGGAGAAGCCUGUACCUUACCCGGUUAAAGUGCCGGUGGCUGUGCCCAUCCAUCAUGAGCAUCAUGGACAUGGCGGCUACUACGCCGGUGGAUACGAGGGUGGUGAUAUAGGCUACGGUCAUCACUAAAUGGCCACUGCCUCCCGGCUGGUUCUCCAUCAUCGUCGUGCAAGAAACUCCAUCGCGACGACGACGGAUAGCCGCGAGGACCUUAAGUUACGAAGGUUACCGAUCCGAAACGUUGUCGUGCGGCGCAACGAUAUCCGCCACUUUGUACCUGGAUCGGAAUCGGAGACGAUCCCCGGUAGACAAUCGCGUACUGGGCCAUCGUACCUACGAAUCCGAUCGCAACGAGGACGCGGCACGGCGACGUGUGCCAGUUAGGAAGAACGAAUGACCAGUAGGGAUGUACUCGUCUUCAGCGAUCUUCGCUCGAGAGCAACUCGCUUGUCUUACUUUUGUACCGAUAUUAGCAAAGUAUAUGUAUUUUUUUACGGAAAAUGAAAUAAAUAUUAUUGUAAAGUAAUUGUGCAUUGACAUGCAAUCUAUUGAUUUUUCUAACUUCCAUGUAUUUUCUUUUUAUCAAAAAGAUAUUAAAGAUAAUAAAGAAUUGAUGAAAA